AAUGAAGGCAUACAGCAUAUUAUGGUUGUUGGUGGGCAUUUUAUUUGGACUUAACAAAGGUUCGGAUGAUGUGACUACAGAAGCACCAACAGGUGAAAAUACUACUCAAGAUACCAAUGAUCGUAUGGAACUGAACAUCUUCAAAAUAUUUGCUUUGGUUCACAAGUUAAACCACGAGGUUGUUAUGAAGCAAGUGGCAUUAGCUUCAUGUCAAAGAGAAUUUGUAGACUUAGAGGAGGUUACUGAAGUUGAUAGUCAGGAUCCAGCCGUAAGCAGUGAUAACAUGGCUUUGGAAAUGUCAGAAUCGGUACCAGAUCAAAUUCCAGCCACAACAUUGGAAGUAAGUGUACCGAUACAGAUGCCAUCUGAGGCGUUGAUUAACAAGGAGCAACAGUCUGAUAAUGACGUGUUGGAAACUCAAGGUGUAGAUAUUCCUAUUCAGCUUCCAGAACAAGACACCAUCAUUGACAACUCUUCUGUCGAUGGUCAACCGAUUCAGCUUCCAUCUGUUCCAGUAGAAGUGGUAACUGCAGAAGGAACUAUUCAAAAUAAAAUAAGAAAACGACACGAGAGAAUGCCUAGAUUGUUUGAGUUCAUCAUGAACAGUUUGGUUCGACGUUAUGUAUUCUAUGACGAAGCUGUUACUCAAUGUGAAAGUGCCGUGUCUCAGUUACGAAAUCAGGACAUGGCCACAAUUAGUCCGGAAAUAUCUAUAACACCAGUAACAUCAAGUUCAGCUCCAUCCACCUCCACUACGGCGCCGUAAAUCAAGUUCAUUUACUUUUUUAGGACACUUGCAAUUUUAACUGAUAAACAAGGAUGAGGCCAUUUAUUGUACCAAUUAACCAUUCAAUACGUCAAUGGGGUUCUGUUUCUUUCGGAACAUGUUUGUGUUAAUAAGAAACACGUGAAUACCAAAAUGUGCCGAAACACUCAAAGGUUUGGUAUGAUUUUGAUGAAACUAUCACAGACUUAAAAGAACAUAUUGGCAUUUUUUAACAUAAAUCUUAUAUAAUAAAUAAUUAUUUAUUCUACUUUGAAAUUCUUAGUAAGAUAAACAGGAAAGUCGUAACAGCGAUUGCGACAAAGAAAAAAGAGAAAAAUAUUUUCUUGAAAUCUUUAUGUAACAUGACAAAAGCUGGCGUCUGCAUUAGUCGCUUUUUAAAUAAAAUGUUUAGCACUCUC